UACUCGCACGUCAAAUUCAAUCAAAACAUCUAGAAGUUCGCAUCUGUUCGCAUCACAGAUCCAAGUGCUCCGAAAAUUUGAUUCAGAAUACGCGAUUGUUGUGAAAUUCCGUGAAAAAAAAAUUUAUAUUGAAUUUUAAGUACAUUUUUUUGUAAAGGAUAAAAGAAAAAUGCUUUCCCGUCUAGCUUGCACAGGGGGACGCACCUUCCUGUCAACCCCCUUGCUGCAGUCAGCCUUGCAACAAGUUCCAAGACGCCAGCCGGUAAUCCGUCAGUAUGCUCGCGAGGUGAAAGGCGGCGGUUCAUCGGGAACCAGCAGUUGGACUGCCCGAGCCGAACGGCAAACAUUGCGCGAGAAGGCUAUGGCACCACCCGGCCCAAAUGCUUAUUCACUGGGUAAAGGUGCUCUCGCUGGCGGUGCCGCACUUGGUUUAGGGGCACUGUGCUUUUACGGGCUUGGUUUCGGAGGUGGAACCAGUACAUUGGAUAACUCACACGCCUGGCCAGAGUUUGUGAAAGAACGCAUUCGCGACACGUAUUUAUAUUUUGGAAGCUCUUUAGGCAUCACAGCAGCGAGUGCCGUUGCUGUUUUUCGGAGUCCAACCUUGCUGAAUUUAGUAUCGAGAAAUGGGUGGAUGUCAAUUCUCGGUACGUUCGCUGUUAUGAUUGGCUCCGGUAUGUUGGCUCAGUCAAUCCCCUACAGCCCAGGAUUUGGAUCUAAACAACUGGCAUGGGCUGCUCAUUCGGCCAUUCUGGGGGCUGUCAUCGCUCCCAUCUGUUUUAUUGGAGGUCCCUUGCUGACACGGGCAGCUUGGUACACGGCGGGUGUCGUCGGUGGACUUUCCACCGUAGCGGUGUGUGCUCCAAGCGAUAAGUUCCUCAAUAUGGGAGGCCCACUGGCCAUCGGCCUGGGUGUUGUAUUCGCCUCCUCGAUGGCAUCAAUGUUUCUGCCACCGACAACUGCUCUUGGAGCAGGAAUUGCAUCACUGUCGUUGUACGGAGGACUGUUGCUGUUUAGCGGAUUCCUACUCUACGACACUCAGAAGAUUGUGAAACGAGCGGAACUAUAUCCCUUGUAUGCUCCCCGCCCAUUCGAUCCCGUGAAUUCGGCGAUGUCGAUCUACAUGGAUACGAUGAAUAUCUUCAUAAGGAUUGCAACAAUUUUAGCCGGCGGUGGAGGAAAUCGACGAAAGUAAAUCAUAAUUCACUUUUCUAUACAUAGCGAAAAGCUUGAAUAACUUGUUAGUAAAUUUCAUAGUUUCAAAUUUUUCGUUAGACAGUUCACAAAUUUGAAACCUAGAGAACAUAAUAAUAAUAAAAUGCGAUGGUAUGAUCUUUCAGGGAGAAGUAAUGUCAAGAAAUUUGAAGUGAAAUAGGUAUCCAAUAACGUGGAAUGAAGAAAAUUUGUAGUUUGCCUAUUUUAUAAUAUUAAACAAGAAGAUGCAAUAAAAAUUUGAAUAUACAUUAA